AUGAAGCGAUCAGGCUCUGGACGUGUAGCGCGAAAGAUUGGCGCAUACGAGGACAGCUCUGCAGACAGCGCGAAUAGCUCGCAGAACGAGGCGCAAAGCCAGCCAGAAACUGUAGUCAGAAGACCAACUUUCGGGAAAAGCAAGAAGCGCUCAUCCUUGCGCGUCUCUUUCGGCCCUGGCGAUUCAGAUGCGAACGAUGGCGACGAAUCAAGCGAUGCCGGCGUUUUCACACCCAAGAAGUCUAAUCUUAGCCGAAUAGCUCUCGAGAAAAGCGCACAACUCAGGGCAAGAUCACCCCUCGUGCAAGAGGCAUCGCGGCCCAGCACAGACGAGGAUAGGCCGAGCUAUAGCAAAGACCACCUCGCGGAACUGCGCAACUCUACCCCUUCGAAGCCGAAAGAUCUCAGACCGUCAGCAGAAGAGGAAGAUGAGCAGCGAGCGCUUGAUAUUGCUUCUAAGUUCGGAUCUGCGGCGCCCAUAUCUCUCGAACCUGAGACGUCUGCCAUUCCUACACAGGCGGAGAUCUUGGAGAAGAAAGCCAGACGGAGACGAUUGGCGCAAGAGGAAAAGGCCUACGACGAGGAUGAGGACAGACCGUGGGCUUCAGAUGACGAUGACGAGUUCCGCACACACAAGAACGAGAUCUCUCUGCGACCGAAGGACAAGUGGGGUGAAACUCGCCUCGUUCGUGAUGACGAAGACAUCGCGGAAGGCUUCGAUGAUUUUGUCGAGGACGGAAAGAUAGCGAUGGGACGGAAAGCAGAACGCGAGGUACAGCGAAGACGGCGAGCUGAAAUGGCUGAAUUGAUCAAUGAUGCUGAAGGUGGAUUGGGAGAUGAUAGUUCAGACGACUCAGAGGAAGAGCGCAACGCAGCAUUUGCUGCAGCGCAAGCUCGCUCGGGCAGAUAUGGACAAAAGGACCAGGACGAAGAAGACGGGGCCAGAACGCCGCCGCGGAUCACACCAUUGCCUGAUCUUGGAGAUAUCCUAUCAAGUCUACAAUCAGACAUAGACGCAAAGCAGCAAAGACAAGAGCUAAUUCGCCGGAAGCUGGAGGAGUUGAAGGAGGACAAGGUCCGUGUCGCCGAGCGAAAGCAGUAUCUUCAACAACAACUACAAGAAACUGCGGAAAAGUUUGAGAAGUUUCGACAAGAGGAGGGUCUACCAGCACUACCUUCGAGUACUGGGAACAAAUUGAUCGCGGAGAGAGGCCUCGAUAGUCUGGGUACAACACCUCUUGGGACCACGCCAAUGGACACGGGUUCGAGUGCUUCAGAUGGAGAGUAG